GCUUUUCUUCCCUUCCCCCCCCCCUCCCCACCCUUUCCGCUUGCACAUCCCUGUGGCGGCCCGAAACGCUUCUCUCUCUCUCUCAGCGAGGACAUCCCCCCACACCGCAACCAUGAUGAAGCUUUUCGAUAAGAACAAAACCUUCCGCCCGAAAAAGAAAUUCGAGCCUGGCACGAUUCGCUAUGAGCUCCACAAGAAGUCCAAGGCUUCCCUCGGUGCCAGCUUCAAGAUUCAGCACUCGGUCAAGCUCCCCCCCGGGGACGAUCUCAACGAGUGGCUUGCCGUGCAUGUGGUCGACUUCUUCAACCGUAUCAACCUCAUUUACGGCACUCUGGUGGACUUCUGCACCCCGAAGACCUGCCCUCGGAUGACUGCCGGCUCGAAGUUCGAGUACUACUGGAAGGAUGACCACCAGUACAAGCAGGCCACCUCCGUGUCGACUCCCCUCUACGUGGACCUCCUGAUGAAGUGGGUCGAGUCGCAGAUCAACGACGAGAGCAUCUUCCCGCCCGAGGUUGGCCGGCCCUUCCCGAAGAACUUCAAGGCCAUUUGUGCCAACAUCUUCCGCCGGCUGACGCGCGUGUUCUGCCAUGUGUACAUCCACCACUUUGAGAUGAUCCAGGAGAUCGGUGCCGAGGCGCACAUCAACGCCUGCUUCAAGCACUUCUAUUACUUCACCGCCGAGUUCAAGCUCGUCGACGAGAAGGAGCUCCGGCCACUGGAGGACUUCAUCAACUCCGUCAUCAAGGAGUCCCCGCCGGCCCAAUAGGCAGCCACCACGGCCGUACCCCCCCCCCCUGGCAUCCACACCCUGUCUGUCCUGGCAUAUCUUGUGCAUGGUCCUGUUUGCAGGUGACCAUAAUGCAAAGACAACAUUCGCAUGCGCAUCCGCGUGGCCCCCUGCUCCCGCUCAUCCUAUUCCAGCUUCUUGUCGUGCUGUGUGAGCACACACCGCAGGGCAUGGGGUUUGUGAGGGAGCACGGACACGGGGACCGGCUGCAAGGACAUUCGCGCAAAGGCGAUAGGCACACGGAGUGCAUGCCCUCCCCGGGCCCCCAUAUCCCGUCGGCCAGAGUUCAGCCCCGGCAUGCCUCCUCCUCCCACCCUUCACCUUGCGCGAUAAUGUCCCCAUCCGCC